GAAGCAGAGAGUAUAAAGGGUGGCAAACAUUCUAAGCAAUUGUCUUUUGACUUUCUUUGUACGUGGCUGUAAUAAGAACCAAGCAUUAAUGACCUUUGAAGCCAGCCUCAAUGACAGUGUGAAGAUCCAUGAACACAUCAGGUCUAGAACCAAGAUUUAUGUGCAGGACCAGGUCCUUUGUUUGGGUUCCUAGACUCAAAAGCCACGCAAGACUUUUUGGCUCUGAAGACUUUUCAUGGCUGAACACACUGACAAGGAGAUGAGAAUCUACUAGGUAAGGAAGCCCAGAGAUGAGGAGUUGGCCUUGUUUCUGGGGGAGUCAAGUAAUGAGCGGCACAGGCACCUGCUCCACUCGGUGAUUAAGAUGAAAAGGAUGGUGGAGGUAGUGACAGCUGUAACCCUAGAGACCCAGACUGUGACCCACGAUGGAAGGAGCUUGGAAGUUGCAAAGAGCAUGGCAGAUUAUGGCAUCAGAAAAGGCAAUGUCCUCUUCUUGGUACACUAUUCCUUAGAGGGUUGGCUACUCUGA